GGCUCCGGCUCCGGCUCCGGCUCCCACGGGGGCGUUCCGGCCGUGGGACGGCACUGUUGUUGUUGUCGGCGGCGGGGAGGGCGGGGUCGCGAGCGCGAGCGCGGUUAGUAGUGUCGGGAAUGGGGUGUGGCUUGGGGGGGCUGGUGGUGGUGCUAGUGCUAGUGGGGCUGCGGCUGCGGCUGGGGAUGAGUCUGGGAGUGAAUCCGGGAGUGAGGCUGGGGAUGAGGCUGGUGCUGGGUCCGAGACUGGCUCCGAGCCCGGCGCUGGGUCUGAGUGGGGGGACACUGGUGCCGACAGUGGGAGUGGCACCGACACUGGUGGUAGUGACGAGAGCAGCGGUGCCGGCAGCCCCGAGGGCGGUGCUGACGGUGGAGCAACAACGACUAUGGGGGGCCCCGUCUUUGCGGCGGGUGCCUCGUUCCGGGAGGAGGGAUGGGCGAGGACGGCCUUGGCCCUGGGGCUGGUCUUCGCAACGGCUGCAUUUAUACUGUGAGAAGGAAAGAGGGGGGGGUAUAAUGGGAGAAGGAACUUUGCCAGCCAUGGUUCUUUGGCUGUCAAUACGAUUUACGAAUUAAAUAUAGUAGUUUCGCAGAAUAUAUAGAUAGGUACAACGUAUUUCGACUUUAUACAUUCUUGCUCAUG